GUACGUUCAACGCCGCGAUCGCGUACAGAUCACCAUGAGUUUAGUGGGCAAAGUUGUAAUUGUAACCGGAGCCAGUUCGGGCAUUGGUGCUGCGACGGCAGAGGCUUUUGCCAAAGCAGGUGCCAAAGUGGUGCUCAUAGGACGAAAUGAAGCGAAUUUGAAGACUACCGAAGCGGCCUGUAAAGCUGCCAACAGCAAAGCGGAACUUCUAUUAAUCACUGCUGAUGUCACAGUGGACGCAGAACGCAUUAUAAAUACAACAAUUGACCGUUUUGGACAAUUGGAUGUGCUGGUCAAUAACGCGGGUAUUUUUGAAGGUGGCAACAUAUUAGAUAUUGAUGUCGAUCAAUUUGAUAGACUUAUGAACACAAAUAUGCGUUCCAUCUUCCUUUUAACUAAACUUGCAGCGCCACACUUGAUCAAGACCAAGGGUAAUAUCGUGAAUGUCUCUAGCGCCUCAGGUUUACGUGCUAACCAUGCUAUGUCCACCUAUUGCUGCUCGAAGGCAGCAGUGGAUCAAUUCACUAGAUGUAUCGCUUUAGAUUUGGCGUCGCAAAAUGUACGUGUAAAUUCGGUUAAUCCGGGUAUUAUUGUGACUGACAUUUUUAGAUAUAGUGGUCCGUCGCCGGCGGAACUUGAUGAAUUUUAUAAGCGUCUUAAGAAAAUGCAUCCACUUGGUCGUGUUGGAGAACCAAAGGAAGUAGCUCUUGCUAUAGUUUUCUUAGCUAGUGACAGCACUAGUUUUAUAACGGGAGCAAAUCUGCCCAUCGACGGUGGCAGACAUGUCGUCAGCUCUUUGAUUGUUGAUUGAAAUGUCGUUUUUUCGAUUAAAUUCAUAAAUAAAUGUGAAAUAUAAUUAACAAAA